GCCAUGUGCUCGGGGAUGGCCCUGCCCUCCUGGAGCAGGAGGUGGGAGCGGAUGAACCACUGUGGUCCCUUCCAGCCUGGCCCAUUCUGGGAUUCUCUGUUCAGGUGGAGCUGUGGCCCUUCUGAUGAGCUCUCCGAGGGCUUGGGAGAAGGAAAGGAGAGAGAUGUCACAGCAAAGCUAAAAUUUUUGGAAGUCAUUAAGCCAUUCUGUGCAGUGCUGCCUGAAAUCCAGAAACCAGAAAGAAAAAUCCAGUUCAGGGAGAAGGUGCUAUGGACGGCCAUCACGCUCUUCAUUUUCUUGGUGUGCUGCCAGAUCCCAUUGUUUGGAAUCAUGUCAUCAGACUCUGCAGAUCCCUUCUACUGGAUGCGAGUCAUCCUGGCGUCAAACAGAGGCACUCUGAUGGAGUUGGGCAUCUCCCCCAUCGUGACCUCGGGGCUGAUCAUGCAGCUGCUGGCAGGAGCAAAGAUCAUUGAAGUUGGGGACACUCCAAAAGACAGAGCCUUGUUCAAUGGAGCCCAGAAAUUAUUUGGGAUGAUUAUUACCAUUGGGCAAGCCAUUGUGUAUGUUAUGACUGGAAUGUAUGGAGAUCCUGCUGAAAUGGGUGCUGGAAUUUGUCUUCUUAUUAUAAUUCAGCUCUUCGUUGCUGGUUUGAUUGUGUUGCUGCUGGAUGAGCUGCUGCAGAAAGGUUAUGGCUUGGGCUCUGGCAUUUCCCUGUUCAUUGCCACCAAUAUCUGUGAAACCAUCGUCUGGAAGGCUUUCAGUCCCACCACCAUCAACACUGGCAGAGGAACAGAGUUUGAGGGUGCUGUGAUUGCAUUAUUCCAUCUCCUGGCUACCCGAACCGACAAAGUCCGGGCUCUGCGGGAGGCUUUUUACAGACAGAACCUGCCCAACCUCAUGAACCUGAUUGCUACAGUGUUUGUCUUUGCUGUGGUCAUCUAUUUCCAGGGAUUCCGAGUGGACUUGCCGAUCAAGUCUGCGCGGUACCGUGGGCAGUACAGCAGUUACCCCAUCAAGCUCUUUUACACCUCCAACAUUCCCAUCAUCCUGCAGUCCGCCUUAGUUUCCAACCUCUACGUCAUUUCCCAGAUGUUGUCUGUUCGUUUCAGUGGCAACUUCCUGGUGAACUUACUGGGACAGUGGGCAGACGUCAGCGGUGGUGGCCCCGCUCGCUCGUACCCUGUGGGCGGCCUGUGCUACUACUUGUCCCCUCCAGAAUCCAUGGGUGCAAUAUUUGAGGAUCCUGUCCACGUGAUAGUUUACAUCAUAUUUAUGUUGGGAUCCUGCGCCUUCUUCUCCAAGACCUGGAUCGAGGUGUCCGGCUCGUCAGCCAAAGAUGUUGCCAAGCAGCUCAAAGAACAGCAAAUGGUGAUGAGAGGCCACAGGGACACCUCAAUGGUUCAUGAGCUUAACAGGUACAUCCCCACGGCAGCUGCCUUUGGUGGUUUGUGCAUCGGGGCCCUUUCAGUACUGGCCGACUUUCUGGGAGCCAUCGGCUCCGGCACCGGCAUCCUGCUUGCAGUCACUAUUAUUUAUCAGUAUUUUGAAAUAUUUGUAAAAGAACAGGCUGAGGUUGGAGGAGUAGGUGCAUUAUUUUUCUAGAUGUCCAAGUAUUUCAUGGUUUGUGUGAAAGGGAAGGUAUUUUGACCACACGUGUCAUUUAGUCGAAUAAUGCUCUUUUCUUUUGACUUGUUUUCGAGUGCUCCGUGCCCCAUUCCUGUCGUGGGCACCGAGCAAAGCCUGUGUGCAGCAUUAGUACCAGCUGCCUUAAGAAUAAAGUUUACAUUAUCUUGUUUAAGUAUUAUUAUCUAGUGUUGCCUGUAAUGCUGGAAACAAUUCAUCUACCUUGCUGUUCAGACACUACAGUGAGAUGGGAAGGUGUAUCAGUUUGAGAGCGGUAAAAACACCUUUGCACACAGCAGUAAAACGUUAAAUUAAUUUCCCUGCCCUUAAUAGGAAAAAAAAAACCACAACUACCUGAGUUCAGAUUGCCACGUGCCAGUAUUCCUGACAAAAUGUACUCGUACCUGUAUUAUACAUUCAUUUUUUGUACUUUUUUAACUCCCAUUUCCCCCUCACUGAACUCAGCACUCGUUACUCCACUGCGGUGUCUCCACCCGGGCACCUCUCCCUUGGCUCCAAGGGUGGCCAAGCAAACAAUUUACCGCGGGCUGAUACUCAUCUCACCUGUGAACUGGUUCUGGGGUGGAUUUGCUGCAUCCUGGGGCACGCUGGGCUCCCGAGGGACACUCUGGCAGCCCCUGCAGUUCUGUUAAACCAUGUCAUUGUGAAAACUGUGCCACUGAAACUUCAUGUCCACUUCGCUUCUGUGAGUCUAAAGAACGAGGCCUGGUUCCCGAAGCCGCGUGUUCGGAGGAGGGAGGAGGGAACAGGGAGCUCCUGCUGGAAACCCGUCGCACUUUACAGCGGCCGUGUAACAACUGUGCGCGUUAGACAAUAAACUUAUUUAAUUAAA